AGAAAAAAAUGAGACGCUCAACUCGAAAAAGGAACCCGCCUGCCAGAUUUGAAGACCAUGACGAGCCGCCGCCACGAAAAAGGCAGCCGCAAAGGAAAUCACAAGCCCCCGCAGCUCAUAAGGUACCUAUACCGCCUAAUGGAUCAACACGGCAACAAUCUUCGGCUACAGUAUCGGCUUAUUCACAUACGUCCACGUCAAGGGCACCUACACUAUUAGCGAGGGCAAAUACAUCAUCGCCCGUAACAGCCAUGCCACAGCAAGCGGACAUGGCACAGCAGUGUUUGAAGCAAGACAUUAAGUUGGAAAAUCGACAAGACAAAAUGAGCCGCUCGACUAGAAAGAGGAAACCGCUUGUCAGACCUGUGAACCAUGACAAAAUGACGCUACGAAAAAGGCAGCCACAAGCAACGCCACCUCAUAGGACACAAAUAAUUCAAAGGGAAGCCAAGCUGCAAUCUAGGUCACCUUCUGUGGCUACCUCCUCGUCUAGACCACCUACGCCUCCGACUGGGGCGCCUACACCUCCGCAUGUAAUAUCCAUACCACCACAAGUUGACAUGACGCAGCAGUUGUUGGAGCAGAACAAUCCAUUGGUAAAUGAACAAGAAGAACUGGAGAUGACACAGUCUUCUGAUAUUGUGAUUUGCCGAAAAGCCAUUAUUAAAAAUUUCGUCGCACUCAAGAAGUAUUUGCAUCCUGAUCCUAUAAUUGAUUGUGAUACAGGAUUUGAAUUACUCAACGUAGCAGACAGAAGGAAUAUCCAGGGUAAGGAUCCAACUGAUAAGAAUGAAACGAUAUUGAAAAAAGUAAUAUCCAAAGGUGCCAAAGGUUACACAGAUUUUGAGGAGCGUCUUAAAAAGACUUGGCAGACUGAAUUGUUAGAGCUGAUCGUUUGUGCAGAAAAUGGACAGGACACAACAGAGAUUGAGAGUCGGCUUAGGAAAACUGCACUGUUAUGUCCAGAGUAUAUCAAACAAAGAGGUGGUAAGUCAAUUAUAUUACGCUUGUCUGAGCACUGUGUUCAGUGGUAACACUUUGUGACAGGAAGCAUGUCUAUUGUUCCAUCAUUGUAUGUUAAUAACAUCUUCACCUGACUCAAAUUAUCAAUAAAUAUCAACUUUUACAGAAAUGAUUUAAAGUGGACCUUCUACAAUAUGUUUCCCUUGUUUGUUUUUGUUUAAUACGUAAGUAGGCCAUGUUUAAAACUUACCUUUACAAACCUUCUAUUUACAAAGAAUUGUGCAUGAGGCAGCACGUUCUUUUCUGCUACAAAAGUCAGUGGCAUUGCACAAGGAACUUCAAACAUUAUAUGCUAUACAUGUAUAUCGGAUUGAGCUGUAUUUAUCGGCUUUCAACACCGGUGCAUAGGAAGGCAGAAUAGGUAAAAUCACAAACGAUAUUUUUUUCUGUUCCAUUUCGCAUCCCAAUUGGAACAUCUUAGUUAUACUUUAUAAUAACCUAGGACUUAAUAUGAGUUGCAAUUACUUCUACUAAGCGUUUUUAUGUAAACAAAACAUAGAGAAAGAUCUUUGAGAAUGUAUAACGAAUGCAAAUAUUUGACAUCCAUUAUGUUUGUAUGGAAGGUUUUUAAGUAAAAAUUCCAUUCAUGUAAAUAACUCAUUUUUGCUUGUAAAUUAAAUCCAUGUAAAUGGCAUGAUUUUCCAUGAGAAAAAUGAGACGAAGAAAUAACAAACUGGCACAAAGAAUACUAAUUUACAAUUGUGUCCAUGUAUUGUUCAUGCAAGAAUAAGUCAUUUACAUGAAUGAAUUUUAAUUUACAAGCAAGAAAAAGUAAUUUACAUGAAUUGAAUUCUUACAUAAAUACCCUUCCACAUGUUUCGGUACAAUAGUGAUCAAAUCUAACAACCAUUUUUAAUGUAAAAAUAUCCAUGGAUGUACAAUUAUAAACAAAUUCGACUAAACGUCAACAGGCUAACAUUUUGCUUUUUCGCUUUCUAUAAUCAUUAUUAUAAGUAAUUAAAUUUAAUAAUGCUCUGUAUACUUUUUUAACUUGACUGUACUUAAUGUAUGUGGAAUUUUACUUGGUAUAUUGAAAACCAACUUUAUCAACAACUCACAACAUUAAAUUACUAGUUGUUAACAUGUUAACCGUAUCAGCUCUGUGUAUUCUUACUAUUGUAUUCGAGGCUGGUAUCCGAAAUUUGAUGGAAAAGUCCGUAAAGAUGUGAUUGUUUCGGACAUUAUUGUCGCUGAUGUAUAACUAAAAUAUUAAACCAAAACUAUUUUCCCAAAAAUAUGUCGGUUAAUAUGACGACUUUCAUGGUUCUUUAUGAAUUAUUUGCAUACAAAGAAUUGAGCUACUUUUGAGUAGCCGUAGAAUUUUUACAAUAGGUUAUAUCCAAUCACUGAUUGUGGCGUUAGUUUGUUUGGUGUAAUUUAGCAUCACAUGAAAAGAAAAAGUAAUUAGAGCGAAAAUAUCAAUAAAAUGCGUGAGUUAUUAUUCGUGCCACUGGCCUCCAGAUAGUUAAAUCAAACAAAUGAAAUAAAAUUUCAAGUUACCGGUAAAAACUGAUGUAGUUAGGUUUAAUGUGUAAAUUCAUUAUUACUGACACCUUAUAAAUAAUUCAAGUGAGAAUGAGAACAAAAUCGUCAAUAUAGCGUAUAUUUUCCUUUGCAUAAUCUACAGUGAUAGAAUAAUUCAGGAAACGGCCCACUGAAUUUUCGUAAUCUAUAUUCUAUAGUAAAUCCAUCACAUCUAGGACUCAAUUCUUAACACAGCAUAUCCCUUACAGGAAUUUGGUGGCUAAAACUGUCAACAGCAAUACUAUCCAAGUAAAUUUAGCACAAAAAGAUAAUACAUAAGCCCUUGGCCUUUUUCUGCAGCUUUUAAUUUGUGUAAGCACUAUAAAAUAAACCAAAUAACAACUUGAGUGUAUUCUGGCCAAUGGUACUUCCUGAAACCUUCCACCAAGAAAUAAAAUCCUGCAAAGAUACACAAAAAACAAUUUUUAAAGUACUCAGAAAUGAAACUUCAUGUACAAAUUUACAAAAUAUAUACUUAUUAAAAUGUAAUCAGUCUUACCAAGGGUGAUUGGAAAUGGGCCACGUCAAAAUCUAGAAGAACUUCUUUCAACGGGCACGGUCUAAUUCCGUACCGAGGUGACACCUUCAUUUAACAAGCAUUGGUCCAGAAAAAUCCCGGUGUCCAGUAUGCCUGGGGUCGUAUAUCAAUUUUCAUCAUUGAGUAGACCCUAAUUAUAUUUCAAGCUAUAGUUGAAAUCGAUAUAUUAGUCAUCAUAUAUAUGAUCUUAUUUAUACAUUAUAGUUUUUAGGGCAACAAAUUACUACAAACAUUAAUACAAAAGCAGUUAUUCGUUUCCUUUUAGUUUGAUACGAUCCCGGUUUCGUGCGUUCCGAAUAACAGGUCGCGAUAUUGUUCCGUCUAAUCAUGUGUUACUGUAAAAAAAAACGGAUGAAAAAAUGCGCAGUAUAAUAAAAGAAGGUAUUUCCCGUUGGUGAAAAAGAGAACUGCUGGUUUUCAGAGCAAUUAUGUUAAAAUAUUUCGAUUAUUUCAACUAAUAUAUAAUGUUGUUUGGAUUUUGAAAUAUUAGUAAGAAGGCAGUGUUUCUGUUAUCUUCUGGAAGCCCGUCGCUUUAAAAGACUUUCUCUAAUAUCUAUCUUCAAGGAGGGAGAAUCUUGAAAGAAAAGCUGUUUAUACAUCUAGUCCCUGUUUUCCCUUCUGUGUGUGUUAGUUUAUUUUAUAACCUGCCUUAUGUUUACGUGAACUAUAAAUUAUUUUGCUGGUAAGGUCGGACGCUUGCAUUGAAAUGUCGGACGCUUGCAUGUUAGUAAACUGCGAGUCAUCACUGCCAUCAGAAUCUUAUAUUAUUUUACACAGCAAAAUUUCAAACUAAUAAAUCUAAUACGACUAUUCGAAUAGCUUGAUUUCUGUAAAUACGAGUACAAAUCUGGAAUAUCUUUCCAAAAACAUGAUCAUUGUGAGAGAUUUGACACUUCCGGCAAUACCAAGUAAAUUCGUAAAGGACGUUGCUAGCCCUACAGGGCCGGACUCCUAGCAAAAAGUUAUUUCUGUAUGUGAGUCACGCCAUCAAGAGUAGGUAUAGACUGCAAACUUCACGCCGCUAGAAGCUACACAUCUGUGACUUAUCGUUUAAAGGUUACGCAUUUUAAUUGGUAGAAAACUACUUUCUAUCUUUAUCAAGGGGGUGGAACCCAUAUGUAUCUCAGAAAUGAGCAUCGGUGAAAAUUAAAUGUGAA